CACCACUACCCUUAUAUCCAUCUAUCAAUUGAGGCCGGUGAAAAGAGAGAGAAGCGUUAAAAUAUUGAUCCCCAGCCAAUUCGCCCACUUUUGAUAUGUCACUCCUGACCAAACGCGCCCUGCCGGGCGCCCUGCAUGCGCGACCAGGCUUCUUACGCACACCUCGGAUCCAAUCAGUCGCUAUGCUUUCGACUUCUUCUCUCAAGUCAGCGACGGCGCUGGAGCGACAAGGCCAACCCGGUCAAUCUCUGUCUGCAUCUGGAAAGGUACGGAAGGAGGUGCCUUUGGCGAGCCAGGAGAAGAAAGAGGGUGCGAUGCAAUAUGUCUUGACUACGCUCGAUCAAGUUGCCAAUUGGGCGCGUCAGAGCUCUCUCUGGCCCAUGACCUUUGGCCUUGCAUGCUGCGCCAUUGAAAUGAUGCAUUUGUCUACGCCGAGAUACGAUCAGGAUCGAUUAGGUAUCAUUUUCAGAGCCUCCCCACGACAGUCGGACGUCAUGAUUGUCGCCGGUACCUUGACCAAUAAGAUGGCUCCUGCUCUCCGACAGGUGUACGAUCAGAUGCCUGACCCUCGUUGGGUUGUCAGUAUGGGGAGUUGCGCAAAUGGCGGCGGGUACUAUCAUUACAGCUACUCCGUUGUCCGCGGAUGUGAUAGAAUCGUCCCCGUUGACGUCUAUGUGCCUGGAUGCCCACCUACAUCUGAGGCACUGAUGUAUGGUAUUUUCCAGCUUCAAAAGAAGAUGAGACAUACGAGAAUCACGCGUAUGUGGUACAGGCGUUGAUCUUGUGAGGCGGAGCCCGUGUAUGUGAGAAUAGCAGGCCCCUGGCUGGAAACCAGAAAAGGUAUGUGUCAUGUACUCAUUACUUGUAUGCUGUUCCGGAGGGAGGGGGGAGGAAUGUGUAUCUUAUUGCUCAAUGGCAUUUUUGCGACUUUAGACCAAGUUCUGGGUGCUGUUAAUGCAUCCGUAGGACAUCGAAAAUUUGCAGGCUUUGUUUGAUGGCCAGUUACCUCGCCUGACUGCUUCUGUGAUGCUAUAGCCUAGUUUUCUUUUCACCUUUCCACAAAUAGUUGUCUUUAACCCAGACAGUUUUCCGUUUU